CAGGAUCUGGCAACGCUGCCGAGGUAAACAACAUCAGCUGGCGGCGGCGGCGGCGGCACGGCAGGCGCUUGACACUCGUGGCUGUCUCAUCGUGCCAUGUUUCCCUCUCGGCAUUGGUAUAGCCAAGCACAACCACACCACAACCAGGAUGAAUCUUAGUCGCUUGCUGCUGUCGUUACCACUGAGGCGACAGACGGUGGUGGGGGCGCUGGUCAUGGUCACCGUGCUGUACAUCGUUUAUCAGUUCGCCUUCGUCGCGGAGCUGGGGGCGGCCAGCAGCAACAGGCCCCCGGAGGCGAGAGGCAGGCACGCCGCCCCCAGCCUGGACACCAGCAACAAGAAACACCCAAGAGACGUGAACGUAAGGGACGCCAGGGAAAUGGUGGCCAGAAAUAAGGGCGACGAGGGCAAGGAAAGGAAACCUGGUGGUGAGGAGAGAGCGGUGAACGAUACACAACAAUCAGUAAAGCAACAAAAGGGCAUAAACCCUAUUAUGACGCUCACCUUCAAGUGUGCAACAUCUGGAAGGCAAAUUUCCGUUGACAAAAUUAAUGAUAAUUAUUGUGAUUGUCCAGCAGAUGGAUCAGAUGAGCCAAGAACAAAUGCCUGUGCAAAUGGGAAUUUCAUAUGUUUGAAGUGGAUAAAGCCCUUUCCUGAGUCCAUCCCCUCCGGGUGGGUGAAUGAUGGCGUGUGUGACUGUUGUGACGGGUCAGAUGAGUGGAAGAUGAUAAAGAGUGUUACUAAUUUAGCUGUGAGUCUACAAAAUAAGAUUGGUCGUUACGUGAGCCCAUGCCCUGAUCAGUGUCCACAUACAAUUUAAAGUUACAAGUUACUUAGCUUAUCAAUAAGUCUAGUCCAAUGUGAAUAUCAUAAGAGAUGGACACUGCUUAGGUAGAUUGGUAAUUUACCAAGUUGUUUAUAUAUCAAAGCUGUUGUUUGAUGUAAUAAUGCUUAGAAUUGGCCACUUAAGAAAGCAGUUACUAGUGUGGCUAAAGACAACUCUACCUGUAGUAAUACAAUGUGUAUUGUAUUCCUAUAUUCCCAGCUAAGAUUUAUUUCUUUUCACUCAAAUAUACAGGAAUGUUAUAUUCUGUUGAUGAUUGACCUUAGGAAUAUCCCCUUGAUUAUCUAUAUAUUUACACACACACACACACACACACACACACACACACACACACCGCUCCGAUAACUCAGUUGGUUACAGCACUGCGCUGCCAGGCCUCGCAGCGUGGCAGGCAGAGGUUUGAGCCCUGCACAGGCUGUUUUUUUUCUGCCGACUAGUAGGGGUGGUGGUUUAUUCCCUUGUGGCAGCCUGACCCACCGGUUGUCAUUUUGAUGCUAAUUACUAUCCUAAUUAUCCAAUAUAUGAUGCACCUAUUAAUAUCUUUUUAACAUUAAUGAUUCUCUUUCUCUGGAUAAGGCAUUAAAGAAAGAUAGUCAAUUAAAAGAAUAUUGUUCAGUGGCCAUUAAACCAUUUCAAUUUUACCUUGAUUUGAGACUACAGUCAUCCCUCAAAUAGUACAGUUUCGGUUUUAUACGGAUUGUCAUAGAAGAUUUUUUUGGGGAUUUUUAAAUUUCCCGCUCAUCACACCAAGUAGCCAUGGCGUGAGUGGCAGCCUUCCACUAUGUGGGUCGGCCUUUCUGCCAGGUGCAAUUAUGCUCUACAAGCCACAAGCAUAAUGCCCACCUCUUCUCUGUCCGGUGGCUACCAGCAAACUGGAGAUAUUCAUAUUCAAAUGCAUAGCAACAGCAUGGCGGCAGGGUUGCUGCCAGCUGCAAGGUUUGUUAAGCAAAGGUAAUGGGGUGUGUGGUGUUUGAGGUCCUGGCAGUACCCAGAGAUCGACUAAUGAGCCUUAUUCUAAUCGGGAGGGUACUUAUUGGCGAUUGUGAGUCCAACUCGUGAUCAGGCCGUGGUGAAAUGAAAUACACAUACGGAUAUGAGAAGACUACGAGAGGCCAAGUGGCCUACACAUGGCAGCUCCUGAGAAUGGUGUAUACACUUAAUUCUUUCCAUCCUCCAUAAAUAUAUGUAACCUCCUACAAAGAUAUAAUUUUUGUCUCAACUGCUUACCUACUCAGUGUAUUCCACUCACCUACUACCCUAUUGUGAAUCGGUUCUUACCUAUUUCCUUCCUGAAUCAGAAUUUAUUCAAUGUAUACCCAUUGCUGCGUGUUUUUACAUGAUUUUAAUAGAAGUUCUUCAUCUGA